GUAGCCACACGCCAGCCAACGCACACAUUCACAUUUUGCUCUAGUCGCUUCACGGGAAGGUGGGACACGCUGUCACCGUGAGGAACCAUUGUAGAAAGCCAGGUUGUGCUAGUCGCAUCGCAUUCGUUUGCAGCCACCCGCCUUGACCGCAUCGAAUUUACCUUAAAUAUGUCUAUCAUCAUCAGCUGUCAAACAGACCAGUUUAUAAUGAACGAGCCUCACAGAAAAAACUGGACUCUAUAGCCAACGGGAUCCCAAGGACUUGAUUCCAGUCGCUUCAAGCCUGAUAGUUUGCCUUGGUGCGGCUGCCCCCCACCCAUUUGACCCCCCCACACACAAACACACACAACACACACAUCGGUGUGCUCAAGAGAGGUUCACUUUCAGUUUGUCACUUGCUCCGAGCUCUGUGUCAUUCUAUCCGAGUCUUCAAUUUUCUUCAGGCCUAAUCUCUAAACAGUGUGAAAAUGAUUCCUAACGGUUAUCUGAUCUUCGAGGACGAAAGCUUUUUGGAUUCCACCGUGGCUAAGAUGAAUGCGCUUCGCAAGAGCGGCCAGUUCUGUGACGUCAGACUACAGGUGUGUGGUCAUGAGUUGAUGGCGCACCGUGCGGUGCUGGCAUGUUGCAGCCCGUACCUGUUUGAGAUCUUCAACAGUGACGCCGAGCCCCACGGGGUGGCCCACGUCAAGUUCGAGGACCUGGACCCUCAGGCCGUCGAGGUGCUGCUCAACUACGCAUACACUGCCCAGCUGAAGGCUGACAAGGAACUGGUGAAGGAGGUCUACUCUGCUGCCAAGCGGCUUAAGAUGGAGAGAGUGAAGCAGAUCUGCGGCGACUACCUGCUGUCCAAGAUGGAUGCCCAGAGUGCCAUCUCGUACCGGCACUUUGCCAGCGGCAUGAACGACGGGCGCCUGCUGGGCAAGAUCGACGGAUUCAUCCAGGAGCACCUCCUGGAAGUGUCAGAGCAGGACGACUUCCUCAAACUGCCCCGACUCAAGCUGGAGGUGAUGCUGGAGGACAACCUGAUGUUGCCUAGCAACGGGAAGCUGUACUCCAAGGUGAUCUCGUGGGUGCAGCGCAGCCUGUGGGAGAACGGGGAGCCUCUGGAGAGACUGAUGGAGGAGGUGCAAACGCUGUACUACUCUGCCGACCACAAGCUCCUGGACAGGGCUGUGCUGGACGGCCAGGUUGAGGUGUUCGGCGCUGAGGAAGAUCACAUCCAGUUUGUGCAGAAGAAGCCCCCUCGUGAGAGUGUCAGCAGGCAGAUGAGCACCAGCUCCUCCGGCACCCUUUCUCCCGGCUCCACCAAGCAGCCCUGCAAGCACGAGUGGAAGUACAUCGCCUCUGAGAAGACCACCAAUAACACCUACCUGUGCUUGGCGGUGCUGGACGGCAUGCUGUGUGUGAUCUUCCUGCACGGCCGCAGCUCCCCGCAGAGCUCCCCGUCGGCCACGCCCUGCCUGCUGAAGAGCAUGAGCUGGGAGGGGCCGCUGGACAGCAGCGAGGAGGAGCGGCCCCUGGCGCCCAUGCACUACGCCCGCUCUGGACUGGGCACCGCUAGCCUGGACGGACGCCUCAUCGCCGCAGGUGGAUAUAACCGUGAGGAGUGUUUGAGGACUGUGGAGUGUUACGACCUGAAGAAUGACUGCUGGACUUUUGUGGCCCCCAUGCGCACGCCUCGGGCUCGAUUCCAGAUGGCUGUGCUCAUGGGGCAACUGUACGUGAUGGGUGGCUCCAAUGGCCACUCUGAUGAGCUGAGCUGUGGGGAGACCUACAACCCCACGACUGAUGAGUGGAGUCAGGUGCCAGAGCUUCGGACCAAUCGCUGCAACGCAGGCGUCUGCUCCCUCAGCAACAAGCUGUAUGUUGUGGGUGGAUCGGACCCCUGCGGCCAGAAGGGCCUGAAGAACUGUGACGCCUUUGACCCAGUCACCAAACUCUGGAACAGCUGUGCCCCUCUCAACAUCAGGAGGCACCAGGCGGCCGUGUGUGAGCUGGACGGCUUCAUGUAUGCCAUCGGAGGAGCGGAGUCGUGGAACUGCCUGAACAGCGUGGAGCGCUACAACCCCGACAACAACACCUGGACGCUCAUCGCCCCCAUGAACGUGGCUCGCCGCGGGGCUGGAGUCACAGUCUAUGAAGGCAAGCUGUACGUGGUUGGCGGUUUCGACGGCUCGCGGGCUCUGCGCUGUGUGGAGGUGUACGACCCGGCGCGUAAUGAGUGGCGCAUGCUGGGCAGCAUGACGUGCGCGCGUAGCAACGCGGGCGUGGCGCUGCUGGGCACGCUCAUCUGCGCCGUGGGCGGCUUCGACGGCAACGAGUUCCUCAACACCAUGGAGAUGUACGACCUGGAGGCGGACGAGUGGACCUCCUGCCUCGCCUCCGCAUGAGCCGAGACACACGCCCACCGUGCAGUGCCACACAAGACAGACAGCCAGCCAGUCACUCACUCACUCAGUCAGUCAGGACUACGCUUCCCAACAACAUGGUUCAGAACUUACAA